UUUUUUGCGGGAAAGAAAUUCAGCUGAUCCGCAAAAAAAAAACAUCACAAGCAACUGGCGUGCAAACCCGUCGUUUGCUACUUUUGCAUAGCCAUUUACUAUGUUUUGAGUGUUCUUUUGCAAAUUGUAUGUAUACAACUAGCUAAUAGCUUACAUUUUCAUCUUUGAACGAUCAUCAUGAGUAAGAAGAGCCAAAUGGCGAAGAUGCUCAAACUUGUGCAAUACGAGCUUGUUGAGAAGGGUCCAUCAAAAGAUACACAGAAAUCUAAAGCAACGGACAGUCAUAUUUCCCCAAAUGUUUCUACCAUUGAGCAAGCCAGUUUCCUUGAUGAGUGCGAUACUUAUGGUAACCCACUGCACAGCACUGCCCUUGAGGACGAUUUCAGCCCAAACUUGGCUCAAAACAAAGAGGAAGUGGUGAAGGAGGGGGCAGCUAAGAGAAGAUGGGGCCCAUCCAAAAAGGUUAAUAGUGCGACCCCAAAAAGACACACACUGUCUGGGAGAGGUCAGACCAAACGGAGAGCUAGCGAAGUGGUCCAGCCAAAGGGAUCUCAACAGAAAAAUGUCAAACCAAAAGCCAGGCCCCAAAAAGAGAUUGCAGAAGGGGCAGGUGAAGAGGAUUUAACAGAAACUCAGAGUGGGUCUUCUGCAUCACAGAAAAACACAGUCAGAAAGAAACAGGACACAGAAGUGGAUGACUCGAGGUCAUCGGGCGAGGAGGAGGAAAUUGAGGUGUCUGCUCCGGGCUCCAGUCCUCAACAUAUUCAUAAGAAACGUAGAACAUCCCUGUCUUCAGAGAAUCUGACGGAUGAGGACAUUAGUUGGAAUCCAAAUCAGAAUAAGGCCAAACCAGACAAUGUUUGGAAGCACAGGAAGUCCUCAGUUGAGAGGGGUUCGCGGGGUCCGAGGGGGAGUUCGCUGGGUACGAGGGGGAAGUCCUCCUCAGGAAGUGCUGGUCCUUCCAAAAGAGACCAGCAGAAACGAAGGAAUGUAAAAAAUCCCACUGAUCUUGAUGUGGUGUUGGACUCAUUUUUGGAAUUCGUGUCAGAGUAUAUGGAUGCAGUGGAAUCUAAUGCAGUAUUGCAGGCUAUAGAUGCUCUCGCAAGCUCUUUUGAAGAUCAACUCACAGAGAAGAUAACUGCUUCAAAGGAGCUAAAAUUCCUGAAAAGGGACAACGCAAAGAUGAAUGCUGCCAUUAACCGUAAGAGAGCCAGGCUGCUCGAGGCCAAAAAUGAGCUUAUAAGGAGUGAGGCCCAAUUGAGGGCCCUGCAGAAGGACCAGUCUCGACUUGAGCAGAGGCUAACAGACAUACGGAAGGGAACCACUUUCUUGAAGGAUCUGGGUCACCUGCACAAGAGCUACCUGGACCAUAGAAUAGCCCACCCUAACCAGGCAGAGGAGUAUGGCCCCUCCAGUCUACCAGCUCUUCUCCUGGAGGCCCGUGAUGUGCUGGGGACUGAAGAUCAGCUGAAGACUGUCAACGAGAGGCUGCAACAGGCUCUGGACAGAGUGGCUCACAACAAGUGAGCUCCAAGUUGCAAACUAAAUGGUGUAAAUUAAUCAAUCUCAUUUGCGUGUGGACCUGCUACACAAUUUUUUUUUAAUGAAUAAUCCUGGCAAUUAAACUUUGAGAGGGGCAGAUGCAUGCUCUCAUAAAGUACAAUAGUUUGAGCCUGUCUUGAUGUUCUACAGGUAUGUUCAUGAUAUUUGGAGAUACUGUAUUGGUUGUAUCUGACGAGAAUUAUGCUACACUCUUUUAAAGUGUUGAUCAAAGGUCCUUUUGAGAUUUGUAUAUUAAAUCUCAAGUAAGGUAUGUGUUUUAAAAUAAAUGUUUCAGUAAUGAGUA